AUGUCCUGGAAUGGCUAUACUUCCUGGACGAGCUCUGCUGAACGGCCGGAAGCAAAGGCCUUUCUCCGCUCUGUUCUGUACGGGAUCUACAUGGAUGAUGUCGAUGACCUGUUAAGAAGCCUAACGAAUCUCCAGCGUCAAGACGAAGACACUCUCUGUGACCUGGGAUUGCAUCGGAUCUCCAUGCGUAGUAGAGCUGCAUUGAUCUACAGAAUUGACGUGAAGUCCUGGUGGGCGGAAGCCAUCUGUGCGAACAUCCCGCCUCAGCUGGUCCCGCAAUAUGCUGUUGUCAACCCAGCGGCAGGUUCCCUUAAUCUGCAUAGCGAAUGGUCCCUCCGCUGUGGAAGUCUGAGCACCCAACUGGAAAUCGAUCAACAUCUCUGUCUAAUUCCUUCGGGGAUUCAUGGCAAGCUAUAUCGAGCUGCUGAGGAAACCUUCAGCUUUGACAGGAAACCCUUUGAUGACUUCAUUGCUGAGCUCCAAACACUAGUUAACCCUGAGAGAUUGGAAAACUAUCUUAGAUCUCACGUGGGGCUAGUAAAUACCAACGUAGCUGGGCUCAAUGCUUUAAUGGCUCCACAGGAGAUGGAUGCCGAUGGACUCAGUGAGAUUGUCAGAACUUGCAGGCUCCGAAGGAAGAACGUGUCUGAGAAGUUCAAACUCUGCUUUGGUCCUUGGCAUGGCGUUAAAUCACAUGCUCCCUUGCUCGGAGUAAAACCCACUGUCCUUCCCUCUCUGACGUUCCCUGACUUUAAACUUGUUGCCAAAUCAUCAAAGUACAGUGGAAGCAUCAAGAUCCCCAACCCUGAAAUAUUCUCCACUGCUAAUCUAGCGAUGUUGUCGACUGCUAGAAGCACACUGGAAGUGGCAGCCAAAGCCAAGAACCUGCUUUGCACACUUAUCAGCAAUGACCUGAGCAAAAAAGCACAGGCAACUCAGUGUGCUAUUGAACUGGGCUUAGCUAUGAAAAGAGCCACACACCUCCAGAUUGACCCUGCUCGUGAAAUUGACGAAGCUAUCCACAAAAGUGCCAGCUCUAUCAACACCCAGUUCAAAACCAAAGUUGCAAUUGUCGGUAGCAUGGUCUCUAGCAUUGUCGAGUCUGCUGACAACGCACUCCUGAAACCGGAAAUGAUACUCUGGAAGAAAAUCACAGAUGAAGACUUCCCGGCCUUCCCGUGGACCAACUUCCUCAGGGUCAAUCUUGGCAUCCCAACCACUGUGAUCACGGAACUGGAGGCUGAAAUCAAGCGACGAACAAACUACAGUCUGGAACUCUUCGUUGACAAGGUCCUUGGAACCAUUACAUGGAUGCAUGGUGACUUUGACUUCUUUUCUCAGGAAAGAGCCUGGUAUGGCUCCACGAUCAAGGCUAUUCCUCACCAAGUACGCAAUGCAGAAAUAAUCUCUACUCUGAUCUCAACUGUUACUGGGAACUUGGUCCAAGCCAGAGAUGCUGCCUACUUCCUAACCACAGAAUGGAAGCCCUGCAGGACCAAUGAUCAAACGCACACCUAUGAUCCUUCCCCGAGAAAGCGCCCAAGAAACACGCUGGAUGAAGUGGAGCCUUUCUCAUCUAAGUCCAUCUCUCCAGUGGGUAACGCCACUACUCCAGCUACCUUGACACGACAAGAAGGCGCGCUCACAAAUUCUAAGGAAUACGAACGACUGGGGAAUCUUUCAGAGAAUCAACAAGGAGUGAACCUGUCAACUCUGAGUGCAGAAAGUGCUGAAACAUCCAAGUACACCUGCUCGCUCAAUAAUACAAGCAGCUCUGAUGGACUUGGUGAUGUGCAACCCAAGCAAAACCCAACUAAAAGAAACUCUGCCAAUCUCAUCAGCCUUGUCAACCACCAGAGUGAUGAAGAAAUCGAAGAUGGUCAAAUCUGUGGAGAAUAA